AUGCCUUCCUCUAACGCGCCCGGCGAGCAGUUCGAAGUACGCCAAACGGGCGAGAGUGCGGACUGGAAGCCAGAUCCGUCGAAGUCCAUCCCGUUACCGCCAAAUCGACAGAGGUUAAUGGACGAUGUCAUUGCCUUGUACUCGUGCCAACCGACUGUUGAGAGAGUGAAGAGGUACACGGCGGAUUGUGUAUAUGACGAUCAGUUCGUGUACGCGAAUGACAGGUAUAAGAUGGCGGGACAGUGGUUUGGGCUGCCUAUGUUGUUCAACAAAAGCGAGAAUGUUGGAUAUCAAGUAGUCAAGAACGAUCCUGAACUCAUCCAAUUCUACAACGAACAGACUUGGACGUUCAAAGGGAUCCCUAAGACGACCACCAUUAACGCCCUUGUGUCUCUCUCCCUUGAUCCCGCCACGAAGGACAGCGACUUCGUGCAAAUCAAGUACCACAAAGACCAGGCGAACGAGAAGGAUUAUUCGCACAAGGGGAUUGGGUUUUACUUCAAGAAGUGGCAAGCCGACCAUGUUUCGGACUGGAUGGACAAGACGCCCGAAGUCCAGAUGUUCAAGGAGGACUCGGGCGAUCAUCUACACGAAGAUGUGAAGGUGUAUAAAGAUGGCAUGUCUAAAGAACAGGUGGACACGAAGUAA